CAUUGCUACCGCUUAGAGGCCCCUCAGGGCAUGCGAAACAAUGUAGAUACUACCCGUCAGAAUGUCCGACCAGAGCCUUUUCAGUGACAACGAAAAAGAUAGCGAAGAAAAUCAGGCUAACCUUCGCCACCGCCGUGCAUUCAAUGCCUCCGAGGCAGCCGAUGACACUUUGAAACAACAACUCGACACUGAGAACCUGACUGCACUACAGGUUUGUUCCAUGAGCAGCGAGUACUACUUGGUAGACUCUAGUGGAAAUGAAUUGCCAUCCAAUUUGCAGAUAAAUUCUCAACUACGCGGCCGAUUCUCCCAGCCAGACAAAAUUACUGGCGCCGAGCACCGUGAUGUAUUAGAGUUGAUCUUUUAUAGGAGGAACAAAUUCAAAGUUGUCGGAACUGUUUUUAUACCAGCAGGAGUGGCAGGGGUGCGGGCUAUCCACACAGGGAGUUCGCUGCAGAUCACUAGUCUGCACGCUGAGCUGGACGCGACCGAGAGUCUCGAAGGGAGCGAUGUGCGUGUUCUCCAGUUGCUACCCAAAGACAAGACAAUUCAAAUCCCAGGUAGGGGCGCAGGAGACUCGUUAUGCAAAGUCGAUCUAGCAUACCGCGGUCCUACAACCGAGCAAACCACCGUGCCGGUUGCAUGGGAAAAAUUACAAUUCCGUCAUGCUACUGCCAAGAAACGUGGCACCUGGCAGUAUUUCUAUUUGAGAGUCAGGGUCACAGCACAAUUGGAAGAUGGUAGCAGUCAAACUCUUUGUCAAGCCCGAAGCGCGGCUAUUACGGUCAGAGGAAGAUCCCCACAGAGCUUCCCCGACACAAACAAGAGUAUGAGCAGACCGGCAAAACAAGUGACCACGGCAAUGCCAAAGAGCGGAAAUGAUGAUAGCAACGUUGAAACUGAUGCUAACCUGGGCUUUCAGAUCGACUGUAGCAUUCCCGCUUCUGAUAACCUGUUCUUCUAUGACUUUUCGGAUCUGGGAAUUUGGAACGAAAACCUGCAGUGGCAUGAUGAGUCUAAUGAUGGAGAAAAUCAGAAUUAUAGCGGCAUUGGAGUCUCGUCUCCCGUCAGCGAUAACCAUAAUGGGAACGAGAGCCUUCUCAUACCAUCGAUAGAAACAUCCCUAUUGCCUAGUAUCCCGGAUCUAGAGUCGAUAUUCAACCUCCCGAAUCCUCUCUCCGGCAUGUCAAUGGACAGUAUGCAGUUGUUUCAAAAUAUGAAUACAUCGGACUCGGCAGGUAUAAAGUCGCAUAAUGCUACCGACGAUGGAAUAAGUGACGAGGAAGAACGCAGUACGUAUUCAUACGAAUAUAUACCACUUUCAAUCAACGACUGGACAGUGCCUGUUGAUGCAGUCUAUCGCCCACAUGGAGUCCAUGCGCAAAAGGUACCCAGCACAGGGCAGUCUGUUACCAAAAAGCGAUAUUUCAUGGCUGUCAAUUAGUUUUUGUUUUUCUUUCGGAUUCCUGAUAGGAACGAUUUCCCUCUGCAAUUAUAAUUCGUGUGCAAAUCAUGACAGCUGAUAAGUAUACAUCUAUAGUUCAAUUCUGUAUGAGACGCUUAUAUUUCAA